UUGCUUUGAGUACCAGUAUGGAGGCGGAAGAGGGCAGCGAGUAGUCAGACUAAUCAAUAGCAAAGUUUUAUUUAUCCUAGUGCUCCGAAUGAUUUGCAGCUCCCGGUGUUUGCAGAUGUAGCUGGCGAGCCGCGACACGUUGUUGCUUGUUAUAACGACAAGCGUUGUUUUAUUUGCAUGGCAAGUGUUGUAUCUGGAAUUGUAAACAACAGUACGUAAAACAAGUCAAAAUGAAUAACUUAUCCUUUGACGAUCCGUCACUGGACAACCUGGAUCCCAGCCUGUCUCUAAAUGAUCCCAGCGAUAUUGACACGGCGCUGCUGAACGACAUAGACGACAUGCUGCAGCUUAUUAACAACCAGGACAUGGAGUUUACUGGCCUGUUUGACCACCCCCACUUUGCUGGGAUGGCCCCUGCACAGGACGUCCCAGGCCUCCCCAACACCAGCCCCUCUCCCCCUCCCCUCUCCUCCUCUUCCCCCUCUUCCUCCUCCUCGUCCUCCUCUUCCACCACUCUGGGGCCUGGCAGCACCCCUCACCUGGAUGCCCUGCUGGGCCCGCCCACCACCCGCAGUGCUUCCCCUCCCACAAAGGUGUACCAGCCCCCCACCUUCCAGCAGCCCCCGCCCCAGCCCCAGCUCCAGCAGAUAACGACACCGCCACUGCGGCCGACGCCUGCGACCCCCACCCCUGCCCCUGCCCCUGCCCAGACCAACCUGGAGCCCCGGCAGCCCAAACUGCAGCAAACCCCCCCGCCUGCCCUUCACCCACCUGCGGGGAUGAGCCCCCCAGCGUUCAGCUCCACCCCCCAGGCCCUUUUCACCUCUCCCCCUCCCCAAACGCAACUGCAGCAGCAGCAACAACAACAGCAGCAGCAGCAGCAACAGCCUCUGAUCAGUUACACCCCCCAGAGUGGAUACCAAGCUGUCAAACAAGGAGGCACCGCCCAAACCCUUGCCAGUGUCCCUGCUUCUCCACAGCACAUACAGCCAACCACCAUCCAGGCCCAGGUGCAGAGCCUACCCACACAGCCCAUACUGGCCACGUCCUCGACUCCGCCCACACACACCAUCUCUCCUCACGUUCAGCAAGUUCCGGUGUUGCUUCAGCCCCAGUUCAUUAAAGCAGACUCUCUGCUGCUCACGGCCCUGAAGCCGGAUGCUUGCACCAUGGUGACGACUGUGGCAUCCCCCUGCAUCACCACCCUGGCCACCUCGACCGCCCCUGUGCAGAGCACCUCCCUGCAGGCUCUCAUGAGCGGCGGCACCAUCCUAACCACCGUCCCGGUCAUGGUGGACGCCGAGAAGCUGCCCAUCAACCGCAUCGCCAUCGGCGGCAAGCCGGCGGGCCCGCCCCACAAGGGCGAGAAGCGCACCGCCCACAACGCCAUCGAGAAGCGCUACCGCUCCUCCAUCAACGACAAGAUCCUGGAGCUCAAGGACCUGGUGGCGGGCACGGAGGCCAAGCUGAACAAGUCAGCAGUGUUGAGGAAAGCCAUCGACUACAUCCGUUUCCUGCAGCAGUCCAACCAGAAGCUGAAGCAGGAGAACAUGGCUCUGAAGAUGGCCGCCCAGACGAACAAAUCUCUGAAAGACCUGGUUGCCAUGGAGGUGGACGGGGCGCAGUGCGAGGUGAAGAGCGAGCUGCCCACCCCCCCACCCUCAGACGCAGGCUCCCCCCAGCACAGCAGCCCCUUCUCCCACUGUGGCAGCGACUCGGAGCCCGACAGCCCAAUGGGGGAGGACAGCAAGGCGGUUAAGACGGAGCGCCCCGCGGCAGGCAGUGUGGGCAUGCUGGACCGCUCGCGCAUGGCCCUGUGUGCGUUCACCUUCCUCUUCCUCUCCCUCAACCCGCUGGCGGCGCUGCUGUGCGGAGGAGCAGGUGCCACCACUUCUGCAGGGGCCCCUGAGCAUUCUGGGACGGGCAGGAGCAUGCUGGGUCUGGAGGGCGGAGCAGAGGCUGCUGGCUGGCUGGACUGGAUGCUGCCCACCCUGUUGGUCUGGCUCCUGAACGGGGUGCUGGUGGCGGCGGUGCUGAUCCGGCUGCUGGUGUACGGGGAGCCCGUGACCCGGCCCCACUCCGGCUCCUCCGUCCUGUUCUGGAGGCACCGCAAGCAGGCCGACCUGGACCUGGCCCGGGGAGACUUCGCUCAGGCCUCUCAGAACUUGUGGACGUGCCUGAAGGCGCUUGGCCGGCCGCUGCCCACCUCGCAGCUGGACCAGGCGUGCGCGGCGCUGUGGGCGGGGCUGCGGCUCUGCCUGCAGCGCCUGUGGGUCGGGCGCUGGCUGGCGGGCAGGGCCGGGGGGCUGAGGUCAGGCCCCCCCCUGCAGGAGGACGCUCGCAAGAGCAGCCGCGACGCUGCCCUCGUCUACCACCGCCUGCACCAGCUGCACAUGACAGGCAAGCUGUGUGGCAGCCACCUUUCGGCGGUGCACAUGGCGCUGAGCGCGGUGAACCUGGCCGAGUGUGCGGGGGAGUGCCUCCCAGUCGCCACGCUAGCGGAGAUCUACGUCUCUGCGGCCCUGAGGGUGAAGGCCAGCCUACCCCGCGCCCUGCACUUCACUGCUCGCGUGUUCCUCAGUAGUGCUCGGCAGGCCUGUCUGUCCCCCAGCGGCAGCGUCCCCCCAGCCAUGCAGUGGCUUUGCCACCCCCUGGGCCACCGCUUCUUUGUGGAUGGGGACUGGGCGGUGCGGAGCACCCCGAAAGAGAGCAUCUACAGCCAGGCGGGAAACACCGUGGAUCCCCUGGCCCAGGUGACCCAGGCGUUUCGGGAGCACCUGCUAGAGAAAGCGCUGUACUGCGUGGCCCAGCCGCAGGGCGAGAAGAUACCCGGCUCCGGCGAGGGGGAGUACUCUGACGCCCUGGAGUACCUGCAGCUGCUGACCAGCUCCUCGGACGCCGCGGGCGCCACCGCGCAGUGCUUCGCCAUCGGAUCCAACAUGGCCACCCUGACAGGUUGCGACCCGCAUUCCAAGUGGUGGUCCAACAUGGCGGUGGUGGUGAUCAACUGGCUGCAAGGAGACGACACUGCGGCGGAGAGGCUUUACCCGGCUGUGGAGCACCUGCCCCGCAGCCUGCAGACGGCAGAGAGCCCGUUGCCCCGAGCUACGCUGAGUGUGUUCAGAGCGGUGCGCGCCCUUCUGAGCAAACCAGAGAACUACCAGCUGAGUCUGAGUCACGGCGAGAGAGCCAGCGGCCUUCUGAGGGACAGCCUCAACCUGGGACCCCACUGCCACUGCAGCAGCAUAGACAAGGUGGUGCAGCUCCUGCUGUGUGACCUCCUCCUGGUGACGCGCACCAGCGUGUGGCGGCAGCAGCAGAGCGCCACGCCCGGCGGGGCCCUGCAGGCCACGCCCCCCGAGCUGCACGGCUUCCAGCAGGACCUGAGCUCCCUGAGGAGGCUGGCACAGAGCUUCAGACCCGCCACGCGCCGGCUGUUCCUGCAUGAGGCCACAGCGCGGCUGAUGGCGGGGGCCAGUCCCACACGCACCCACCAGCUGCUGGACCGCACUCUGAGGCGCCGCGCCACGCCUGGAGCUAAAACAGAGGAGUGCGAGGCGCGGCCGGGGCAGCGGGAGCAGGCGGAGGCGGUGAUGCUGGCGUGCCGCUACCUGCCGCCCUCCUUCCUGUCGGCGCCGGGGCAGCGCGUGGGCAUGCUGGCGGACGCCGCGCGCACCCUGGAAAAGCUGGGGGACAAGCGCAGCCUGCACGACUGCCAGCAGAUGAUCAUCAGGCUGGGCAGCGGCACCACCGUCACCUCCACCUAGUGACGCGCACACCAGCGUGCGCACGCACCGCUCCAGUCACGAUCGCUACACACGCACGCGUGCGCACACACAAACGUUUCCACACACCGCUGCAUACAGGCACACGCGUGCACACACGCACACACACACACACACACACACACACACACGGGUGAAGUGACCGAUCCCGGACAGCCCUCUGAGCCCUGCAGCGGUCUGAACAGACAACCCGAGUGAGAACAAACAACAACCUGGCUGGGAGAGCAUCCCCCUGCUCUCCUGCUUCAUCCAUUAGUCUCAGUGAUGUUGGGUUUAAGGCCCUUAGAUGCUUGUUGAAGUUAGUCACUCAUUGCUGAUACAAACUAGUACAAUCCCACCUUUUAUUCUGUGAACAGUAUCGGCCAAAACCAAUUACAUGGGCAAAACAGCAUUUCUUAGUUUACGUAAUUGGAACUGGAAGUUUUUUUUUGUCAUUGGUGUUAUUGCUUCGAUUGUUAUUUAUUUUAUUUAUACUCCCUGAUUAAAUCGGUUGAUUUGAAUCGUUUUUUUUCUCUGAACAGAUGCACUGCGGUGACGGAUUGUGGCCACUCGGGGGGCGCUCGGUAACCCGAGCUGCGCGUCAGAGCGCGCUGGCUAGUUUGUGGAGUGCUUGAAAGCGCAUGUUUUCGUAGGCCAGCUGGAUGUUUUUUGAUGUGAAAGACGUUUGAACUGAGCGGGAGCCUCGUUGUUGGAGGGAGGCCGCGGUGACCGUCUCUCUGUCCGUCUGUCCCACUGCCAGGGGGAGGGUGGCUCGGUUGGAGCCCGCACAGGCUCCUUACACAGAUCACAUUGUACAGAUCUUUCCUGCACUACCCUUGCUGGGCUGAAUUUGACAAAUGGAAAAAAAAGGCUUUAUGAGGUUACUUUCUCAUAGUUUGGUUAAGUUUUCUUCGUGUAUAUUUUAAAGUGUAUUUAUAAUUUGUCACAGAUUUUGAUGAUCAGUAUUUCUUCAUUGUAGAGUGGUAUAUAUUCUUCCCGUUGUCUUGUAUUGGAAUGUGGCUUGCGCUCCGAGGGUGUUGGUUGUGUUGAGGAGUUGUUACUGAGAGUAACGGGAUGGUUUAAAUGGGGUAGCGAUCUUCAGAGGGGGAGAAGGACUGCAUUUCUACUGUAACGAUGCUACUUAAUUUCAGUAAGAACCUGAUGUACAUUUGACAGUAUUUAGAUUCCUGUGUCCGCCUAUAGAUCACAGGCAUGAUUUUUUUGGUCUGCGAGUGUAAACAAAUGUUUUUAUACCAUUUCGCUAACAGGGGGGAUUGCCUCUGAUCAGCUAUAUUAUUGGAAUGUUACAUUUAAUAAUGUGGAGCUUAAACUGGUCUGUAGUCUAUUAAAAUGACAGGGCUCCGAUGACGUCACUGCCCGCCUUUCGCAAAUCCAUCUCGAUUAAAUCGAGCAGCUGCAAUAUUUUCUGCUGAAUAUUGGUACGGACACAAUAUGCUAACACGUGCUUUAGUUUUAGCGCUUAAUAUCAGUAAAGGUAAAAAAAAAAAGUACAUAAUGGCUCAACACAUUUUGAAAAUCAUGAAACGUCACUGUCAAUACAGUUGGACGAAACUUCUACCGCGAACUUCUGGUUUUCCAUGGCCCGAUAACGAGAGAAAUUCUGGAAUCCUUGACCUCAGACACAAGGUGUAUCGUCGGGAUGUAUUUGGAUGAGACCGUUAAAGGCAUGCAUAAAUGCUCCCCUGUAAGGCCCACGUAAAAUACCAUUACCGUAUCCUAGAACAGUUAUCUUCUGACGAUGGUCGUCGCGUCAUCCACCGUUUCCCCAGCCGUCUGAGAUACUCACCCAACAGAGCGCACCAGAGCGUCGGUCCCAGCGGUGUCCGUUUGGGCCGCCGCGGGAAUCUGUGAAUCCCUCGGUCAAUGGCUUAUCGUUUAUGUUGCUUUUGUUUUCGGAACGGGUUCAACUAAGAUUUAAAGUGGCGAGGACGAAAAGACAAGCGUCUGCUCCCCUCCCGGAUUGAUUAACAAGUCUGUAGCGAGUGUAAUUUGUUCCACAGGAAAGCGGAAAGUUCUUUGUUUUUAAACUCACAUGUUUCCUCGGACUCCUGUU